UUGAAAAGUCGGCGUUAGAAGACAGUCAUGGCGUCGACGAGUCGCAUUGAUGCACUUCCCAAGGUAACUUGCCCAAACCAUCCUGAUGCCCUUCUGGUAGAAGAUUAUAGGGCUGGGGAUAUGAUCUGUUCAGAAUGCGGAUUGGUAGUGGGUGAUCGAGUUAUUGAUGUUGGAUCUGAAUGGAGAACAUUUAGCAAUGAUAAAGCUGCUAAAGAUCCUUCUCGAGUUGGAGAUGCACAGAAUCCUCUUUUAAGCGGGGGAGACCUGACUACAAUGAUUGGCAAGGGGACAGGUGCUGCAAGCUUUGAUGAAUUUGGAAACAACAAAUAUCAAAAUCGCAGGACUAUGAGCAGCUCUGACAGAGCAAUGAUGAAUGCUUUCAAAGAAAUAACGAACAUGGCAGACAGAAUUAACCUUCCUCGCAACAUAGUUGAUCGGACUAAUAAUUUAUUUAAGCAGGUAUAUGAGCAAAAAAGUCUAAAAGGGAGGAGCAAUGAUGCUAUAGCUUCUGCAUGCCUCUAUAUUGCCUGCAGACAGGAAGGGGUCCCUAGAACAUUUAAAGAAAUCUGUGCAGUAUCAAGAAUUUCCAAGAAGGAAAUUGGCAGAUGUUUUAAACUCAUCCUGAAAGCUCUUGAGACAAAUGUGGAUUUGAUAACUACUGGAGAUUUUAUGUCACGGUUCUGCUCAAAUCUGGGCCUUACUAAACAGGUUCAGAUGGCAGCUACUCACAUCGCACGCAAAGCUGUGGAGCUAGACUUGGUUCCAGGGAGAAGUCCAAUCUCUGUGGCAGCUGCUGCCAUUUACAUGGCGUCUCAAGCAUCUGCUGAGAAGAGAACACAGAAGGAGAUUGGUGACAUUGCGGGAGUAGCUGAUGUGACCAUAAGGCAAUCUUACAGACUGAUAUACCCACGAGCACCUGACUUGUUUCCUGCAGACUUCAAGUUUGACACACCAGUUGACAAAUUACCUCAACUAUAAACUAAGCUCUGAUUGGUUCUAACAUGUGUGACAUAUUACAUUCUCUUUAUUUAAUGUGUUGAUACUGAGCCAUCAGAAUAAAAUUGGGUUAUUUUCUGCUGCAUAUUUUAACUCUACACAUUCCAAACUGGUACUUUGUGUGUAUACAGGUGGGUUCACUAUUCCAGUAGAGCAAAGUUUUUUUUUUUUUUUUUUUUGUUUUUUUUUCUGAAGUAGCAAAUAUUUAGAGCCCUGUAAAUUGUUUGAAAUUUCCUAGAGCACCAGAGUUUUGCUAGCUGGCACUUGAUGGGAGUGUGCUAAGGCCAGUUCCCAGGCCACGAGUGAAGGAAUGGUGUAGUUCCUUGAGAAAGUUCUUGUUUUGUACGGACUUAUCUGCAGCAACCCAGUAUUUACUUUUUAUUGUAAUGUAAAGUUUACAGUGGACUUGUCAUUUUGUGUACAUUUUUAUGAAUGUUGAGUAAAUUUUCUAUUUAAUAUAUGCUUUAUUUUAAUGCCAAAUGGGCUACUGUGACCUUUCUUUUUAUUACGAUCGCUACUUAAUACCACUUACCUGAUAGAAAUGGUAACUUAAGCAAUAGCCGCAGGAAACGGCGGUUGGAAUAAAUAUUGCAGGUGUAAAAUAUGUUUUGCUUAACUUUGUAAUAUUUUGUUACAAUGCUGAAUUGCUAAAUCCAAUCUUGCUCAUAUUUGCAGUAGCAGAACCUUUUGCCAGGCUUUGUAGUAAAGGAUUUUUGCUUUU